UCGCUUGUUGAAUGCUCUGGCUGUUGUGCAACAAAAAUUUAUAUAAUCGUAGAUAAGAAAAAUAUCCGUUAUAUUUUUGAAACCGUUAAUAUUGAACGUGACGGUAUACAACAAAAAAAAAGUACCACAAAUAAAAAAUAAUAAGAAAUGAAAGUUGAAAUUUAAAAUUAAAAAAAAAGGAAAAAUUAAAAAAAACGAAGAAAUUACAACAAUAAUAAAAAAAAAAUUUUCCGUGGUUUUUUCAAAACUUAAACAAAUUUUGGAUUUAUUAAAAAAGAAAUUAAAAAACUAAAGUGUUUAAAUUGUUGAAUAGUUAUUAAGUUUGAAAAUAUUGAAAUAUGAAAGCUACCGUAUGGCUUUGGCCGGUUGUUACAUUGAUUUGUGCUAGUCCGUUUGUAAGUGUUUAUGCCCAGCAGGAAUAUCAAAGUUACGCAGAUUUUCCAUCCGAUAAUAGUUUCAAUCAGGAUUAUUUUGCGGAAAAAGAUAAACGAACGAAGCCAUCAUUAUCUAUUGUAAAUCCGAUUGAUGUACUCAGACAAAGACUCUUAUUAGAAAUAGCUCGAAGACAAAUGAAGGAGAAUACAAAGCAGGUUGAAUUAAAUCGUCAAUAUCUUAAAAAUAUUGGUAAACGUGGUACUGCUCAUAAACAAUUACAACAACAACAACAGCAGCAACAAGAGCAGUCACAACAUCAAAUUCUGCAAUAUCCAAUGUUUUUACCAUCAUCAUCAACAUCAUCACUGUUACAACAAAAAUCUCAGCAAUAUCAAAAUAAGCAGCAAUUACAGCAACAACAACAACAACAACACAAUAGAAAUCGUCUACAAUCGCAUCCUUAUAAUAAAAUAUUUGACUUUUUAAGACAACAAUCACCACAACAACAGCAACAACAAUCACAAUUACAUGAAAAUGGUGACUCAAUUGGUGGAAUUGGUGAUGAUGGUAUUUCAGCUUCUGCUGCUCUAAUAGCACGUAAUGAUUUAAAAGAUAAUGUUGAUAUGACUGAUAACGAAUUAAAUGAUAACAGUAAUGAUGAUGAUAAUGAUUAUCAAUUAAGGUAUCUCUAUCGCCUACAUAAGAAUCGGUUUUUAAGGGAGUGAAUUUAAACAAAAAAAAAAUAAUUUAAUAAAAAAAAAAAACAUAUUUAUUUAAAUAUAUAAAAAAAGAACACAAAAGUAUUACAUACGUUUACUUAUAUAAUACAUAAAUGUAUAUGAUGCCUAAAAACUCUUUUAACAUUUCAAAAAUACAAAAAAUAUUUUAACAAAUAAAAACCAAAAAUUAAAAAAAAAAAGUAAGUUACGCUAGAAGAAAAUUUCAAAAUCUUUUCACUUUUUAAUUCUUCACAAUAAAAAACAAAACCAAAAAAAAAAGAAUGAAAAGAAAUGGUAAACAAAACUGUAAAAAGCCCGAAAGAAUGUGAAAGCACCAAAAAAAUAGAGAAAAUCUAAAAACAAAAAGGAAAAGUAACAAAAUGUUGAAAAAAUAAUUUCAAAUAUUUCCAAAAAAUGAAAAGGAAUAAAAUGCUUUUCAGCUUAAAAAUUUCCUGAAUUUUUUUUUGUUUUUGUUUUCUUUCUCGUACCCUAAUUUUGCAUGGGUUGUAAAUUUUCAACAUUUCAAAUUUUCCAGAUGAUGUGCUACAAAAAAAUAAAAUGUUUCAAUUUGAUUUAUUUUAAACACAGAUUAAAAAGUUUUCCUAACUUUAAUGAUAAAAAAGUUUUUAAAGAUUGGUUUUGUGUUUUUUUUUAAAUUUCAUAUUUGAAAAAUAAAUUUUCACCUAAUCAAAUAAAAUUUAUUUAUUUGU